GCCGGAAGCGAAAGCUUCCGCUUUAUGAGUUAUGGCAAGAUCAACCAGCUCCACGCGCUCACACGGAUUGUUUGACGCCUUCUAACUGAGCAGCUAGUCAAUGUUAGAACGCUCAUUGUCAUAAAGCUCUCGACUGUCUUUGCGUUCAGGGUAGACGGUUCCGCGUGCCUUCACAACCUUCCUCGAUUCAAUUGUGAUCGGGUGGCCUGACCUCCUAGAUCAAAAGGAAAAACCCCAUCGCGCUCUCCUGAGGCUGCUGUGCGAUUUAGAAUUUAAGUUGAACUACCCGAACCUAUACGUUCCCGCCCUCCUUCUCUUAUCUCACCAUGUCAGAAACAUCUGUGGAGUCUUUGUCAAUGGAGACGGUUCUCCGUCUCGGGACCAUAGCGAUUUGCAUUUACGAUUAUAUCAGAACUCUUCCAGCUGAGUACAAAUUCUGGCGGGAUAAAGGGCCACAGAUUCGUCCCAACCUCGUCCUCUUCGUCCUUAUUCGCUACAUCAGUGUCACUGUAUUGGUUGUUAGCAACGUCGGAUACUUUUCACAUUCCUUCGGGGAAAAGUCAUGUCAGAGGUACUACAUGGUCCCCGUGGUCUUGAAAGCCCUUCAGAUGACCGUAUGCCAGUUCAUCCUUGGACUACGAACAUACAGCAUCUCUCGACGCUCACAGCGGAUCAAAAUAUUUCUCAUUGUCGUGACAGUGAUAAUCACUUUACUGGAGUGGUUCACAAAUUUAUACGGCCGUGUCAUGAUUCGAACGGACGGAAGCUGCACAUCGGGCAACGACCCUUCAAAGCUGGUGAACUGGACAUUCUACAUCUGGGCCAUGCUUUACGAUAUGAUAACUCUAGGAUUAUCCACAUACUUCCUGGUCAAAUCCGGUGGCUCCGGACUGUCCUCUAUGACCGGUCUAGUGAAAGCCAUGGUUGUUGAUGGCCUUGGAUACAUCGCGCUCCUUACUAUAACGAACACCCUAAACCUUAUCCUAUACCGGGCCUCCAGUCUCAGCGCCCAAGCUGCUGCCGCAACUCUCGGCAUCGCUUUCACAUGGAUCAUGUCGCAGAACAUUCUGAUAAAGACUAGAGACGCGGGUAUGCGUUCGUACAAGAACCAUCAGCCAUCGAGUGGACGCACACCUUACAGCAGAUCCGAUGAUCAAAGUCCAGCAGCCGUUGCUGUCACAACUAAAGGCAUUGAACUCGAGGUACAGGUUACGAUCAAUCGCGAGCAGGAUAUCGAUGAGCCUGGAGUUAAGUGGGAUGAUUCGAGAUCAGAUGUAGAGAGUCAGAAGAUGAGCAGGAUUACUAGGUGAAGAAGACACAAUUAGACCUCUCG